AAGAGGAAACGGUACAGAUGCAGACAUGCUCGGAGCUGGGCCUGGAGGUUUCAUUGUUUUCUUCACCUACAAAGCUCUAUUUCUACUUGUAACCUGCACUCAUGAUCUUGAUGCUGUUUGUCAGUCACUGCAGUUUGGAAGAGAGGGAGGAAACACUGUGCUGUCUCCAGGAUCAGUCACCGAAAACCUCACUUCAGCGGAGUGGAGAUAUAAUAAAGAUGUAAAAAUUGCAGAUAAACGUUUUGAUCUUACUGGACAUCAGUUUUCUGGCAGAGUGACACUGAACAAAACAAAUUACAAUUUAGAAGUGAAGGAGCUGAAGACCACGGACUCUGGGAAUUUUACUUUUGUGUCAUCGACAAAUACAGGACAAAGACCCACAGAGUGCAUCAGACUAGUGGUACAAGAAGUUUUGACACAACAACCCACAGUGACUGAGAAUAACAUCACCAUGAACUCAAACGGCUCCUGUGUGGUUCAGAUGGAGUGCAGCUCAAAGUUUGACAAAGACGUGAUGUACAGGUGGAAAGUGAACAACGUGGAGUACAAUGGGCCCCUGCUGCAGUACCCGCUCACACAAGAAGGAGACAUUACUUUUACAUGUAUUGUUUUCAAUAUGAUCAGUGAAAAAUCAGAGAACAGGACAAUCAACUGUCAAUCCUCUGGUCUAAAGUCAGUGGUGCUCUUGGUCACAGUAGGAUGCAUUGGCUGUAUUAUAAUUGUCACCAUCAUUGGUUUAGUGGUAUACUGUCGACACAGAAAAACAAAAACUGAAUUGAACAAUGAACUCUCAGUGUACGCAGAGAUCGAUGAUGUUUCAAGUGGUAAAAUUACAAAGCCCUGUUCACUUUACGACUCUCUGGAUGCGAAACACAGCACUCAACAAUCUAAACCACAGACGGUGUACGACCAGAUUCAGUUCAGUCGAAUGCAGCAGUGAACCUUGGAUCAAGACGAUUAUAAUAGAGCAGUUAAGUGAUGAUGUCACUUCCGGGUCCAACCAGAAGCUUCACAGCUGAUUUCUAUCUUUGUUUAUGUUCCUCUUUUAUCAAACAAGAGAAAAAGUGUAUCUUUAGCUACUGGCAGUGUCAAAUAUGUAAAUAAGGUAGUAAUAAUCUAUCAUGACAUGGGAUUACUAAUUUGCAUAUUUCUCUGUCAGUCACCGCUAAUGCUAUUUUAGCCUAGCCUAGCCUAGCUUCUUACCUGAACCUGGUUCACUUUCAGUCACAGUAAUAACCAUAGAUCCAUGCUGAUAACCUUUUAACUUCUUUUUUAACGUGAAAUGUGUAAAUUGUAAAGAUGUUCAUUGUUUUCAAUCAGCUGAUGAACCAGGAAGUGACAUCACACUUAACGACUAUAGAAAAUGGGCUUAAGAUCUUAAGAUUCUGUUCUUAUGGCUCAAAAUGUUUCGCCAAGAGGAACAUUUAAUAUAUGCAUUAAUGCAGAUGAUUGUAUAUUGUGUAAAUAAGAUUAUAUCUUCAAAUGUGUAAUAUUAUACUGUAAUAUACUUUCUGCAUAAAAUGUAACAUAUUUUUGUACCAAAUAGGAUUAAAAGUACGUUUUGUAGGUCAUGAAUCAAUCGUAAGGUAAUUUAUUUUGGUCAUGAUCCUGUCAAGAUCAUAUUUUGUGCAAUAUUCAGAGUUUUAUAAAUAUUUUUCAACACCUUAGCAUUGUUUUAUGCAUAUAGCCUAUUAUAAGGCCUAGACAGAAGGUGGCUCUGUUGCCGUGGCAAAUCCGGCGGUCAUUUUAUGAGUGGAACAAGGUCAAAAUUUUGAUGAAUGUUAAAUGUAAAAACAGGGCCAGAAAAUGCAUUGAUAAAAUUGACAUAUAAUGAUGUAUUUGUGUCAUAAUAAUGCAGAACUCUACCUGUCUCUAUAAGGACUUUUAUUAAUCUGAAUUAUUAAAAUGAAUAUGUGUCCU